CCGCCGUUCGCGUGGUUUGUCGACGCGCCACCGAACCGCCAGUGCGCACACGCGUUUUUCGAUUACGCUACUCCGCUAUCAAACACACGUGGUUGUCAACCCUCUCGAGGGGGUUGUCGCAGGUUGAUCCGUGAGAAAACCGAAGCUUCUUACCGGUUCUGCGAGGUCGGUGACCAGCAAGCCGCGUUCCGACAAGUGCGGCCCAAGGACCAUAUGUGCGAUGUUGAAAUUGAAGGGCCUUAUUCAUCCAAAAUGGGACGAACAGUGACGCAAACCGCUUCUGUGGACGAAGGAUCGUAAUUUUUCCGAUUUCGGUUCUGUCAUGUAAACACGGACGUUUUUCAGUGAUAUCCCGAUCGAGGUGUUAAUUGUUUAAGUGACAGUCGAAACUGGUGCAAUAUGCGUGUGCAAUAAAGUUCCCGCGUGGAUAUUCGAUGACGAAAAUCUCGAUCAUGAAGUACUUUUCCACCGGUCAGAGGGAGUCUUACACCCUCAUCGCCAGAAAGAGGCAUAUGAAAAAAAUAAGACACCAGCAGAGCAACACCACGUGGCAUGGCACCCCCAUCAUCGGCGUCAACAGUCCGGCCCAUCACCACCGAGUGGCGCACGAGAAGGUCAAGGCCACCACCAACGACAUGUUCGAGCUCAUCGAGAAAAUUCAAUGUUCCCGGCUAGACGACCAAAGAUGCAUGCUUCCCGUCUCCUUCAAUCAGCCGCCUCAGACGCAGCGUCAGCUCAGCACUUCUGACCUGAAAGAUGAACCAUCCAGACUCUCCCUCAACAACAACCUCAAACCAAUGUCCCCGAACCCCUCUACGACGUCGCAGACGCCCCCCUCGUCUCCCCAACAGGCGACCCAGAGCCGGAGGCUCCUCCAGGAGACCCUGUCCAAGUCCAGACCGUACCCCAUGGUUGUGGUGCCGGAGAAGGGGUACUGGGUGGACGACACCGAGCACAAUCUGCACUACGACCACCGGGGCAACCCUGUAUUACCGAACUCCGCGUGGAGGGCUAAAAUUGAGACUGACGACACGGCCAAGUGCUACAGGAGGUUCUUCGUUGGAAGGGAACAUUCGAACCUAAUCGGGCAAGACGAAAACCUCGGACCUGUGCUCCUAUCCAUAAAGACGGAGAACGUCGCCAAUCAGGAGCACACGAGGAUACUGCUGCGUAUGCGUACAGGCACCAUGCACGAGAUCGUACCGACGUCGUGCCUCGGUUCGAACCCGACACCAGCCAAGAUGGCGAAGCUGCUCAACGAUCAGCUCGAGGUGGAUAACUUCGUGCCUGUGAUGAGCCCCAAGAGCACCAGCCUGAUAGCGAACUACGACGAGCACGUGCUGGUGUCGAACUUCAAGUUCGGCGUGCUGUAUCAGAAGUACGGACAAACGACUGAGGAAGAACUGUUCUGCAAUAAUGUUACGUCGCCAGCCUUCGACAGGUUCUUGGAGCUGUUGGGGCAGAAGAUACAGCUGAAGGAUCACAAAGGGUAUAGAGGAGGCCUAGACAUAAAAAAUGGGCAUACCGGGGAAGCGGCAAUAUACGAGGUGUUCAAAGAACGAGAGAUAAUGUUUCACGUCUCGACCAUGUUACCCUUCACAGAGGGCGAUCCUCAGCAGUUGCAGAGGAAAAGGCACAUAGGUAACGACAUAGUGGCUCUCGUUUUCCAAGAAGAAAAUACCCCCUUCACGCCAGAUAUGAUUGCGUCCCACUUUUUGCACGCCUUCAUCGUGGUGCAAGUUUUGGAGAAGAACCCGGUCGUAAGGUACAAAGUGAGCGUCACCGCCCGUCAGGACGUCCCGUUCUUCGGUCCCACCCUACCGACCCCCUCGAUCUUCGACCACGGUCCGGAGUUCAAGGAAUUCCUACUGACCAAGUUGAUAAACGCGGAGAACGCCUGCUACAAGGCGGAAAAAUUCGCCAAGCUGGAGCUGAGAACCAGGACCUCGUUGUUGGAAUCGCUCACGGACGAGCUGAAGGACAAGACCAGCGAAUUCCUGGGCGGCGGUACGCCCGGCACGGCACCCGGUACGCCCAAGGGAGAGUCCGGUCCCGGUUCAAGGUUCAUCGAUACGGUGAAGAAGGCUUGGAGCGCGAGGGUGAAGAGCAGUCAGAGCGUCGAUCAAAACCUGGCCAACAACAACCACGAGAGGCUAUCGAAGAAGUCUAGUCAGCCCACGAUUGCGGAGACGACGCCAUCUAGUGGACGAUCGAUAUCAAAACUGUCCAGCCAGUCGCUCAACGAGAAAAAGAGUACAAAUUCCUCAACGGCCUCAUCUCCCGACCUGACCGCACAUGCGCACAUACGGUCGCCACUUUCUGAGGCCAGUGACGCCUCUUCGUUCACCAGCGAAGACCUGGAAUUGCCAGCCGCCAAUUACGUGGACAGCGACACCGGCCUAGAGAGCAUGUCCAGCGCAGAGACCACUGCCAAACCUUGCAGCGUCUGCAACGACAGACCUGGCAGCGUUUCCGUCGAACCGAACGUGGACGAUCUGGUGCAGGAGGUGAGGACUCUCAAGUGCGACAAGCUGGAACUUUUGAGACAGAACGUGAAUUGUCAAAAGGAAAUAAAAAACCUGAGAGAGAAAGUAUUUAGUGUGGAGAAUGAGCUCACACUUUCAAAGAAGGAAAUCCUCAGGCUGCGGGACCUGCUGAAAAACUACAGUCCCAACGUCGAAAGAUCUCCUAUGUAGACAGUAUGAAUCUCAUGAUUUGCAUUUAUUGUCGGAUAUCAAUAUGUAUCCGUUCAACUCUGAGAAGUAUUAUUUUUUUCGGAAUGGAUAUUUUUCGAAUGCAAUUUACCUUGUGAGAAAAGGAAUGUGUUAUAACACCAAUUUGAAGAGUAAUUAUUGUUUUAAUAUUUAAAAUGAUGAAUUACUUUUUUCUCUGAUUAGAUUGAAUGUCUAACAAAUAUGUCAAUUCAGUGUUGCACCACAUAGAAAAUUAGGCACACAUCACUACAAACAACACUGUGCAAGAAAUAAUUUUUGUGAUAACCUUUUUUUCUCGCUAUCUCUUCGAAUUUACCUUGGGGUAAAUAUUCAAACCUUUAAGCGUUUUGGGAAAAACCGUUUGUCGUCUUCACUUUUUAAAGUGAUGGUGAGUAUUGAACUGAAAAUGAAUUUGUACAAGAUGGCUCUAAAUUUAUACUUGAAAAUUUUGUAUAGAUUUUUUUCACUUAUGAAUUUAGACAUUUGGACAUUUUUUAUGUUCUUUGAAAAAUCAGUCACUUUUUCUUUAGUAUUAAGCUCUAUUUAUUUUCUGUAAUCUCUGUAUAUUAUAAAUUAAUAUUAUAUGAAAGUUUACCAACAAAAUGAUACCAAAGUUGACAUUCCCCAAAAAUUCUGUUUCAGAAAAUUUAAAUUAUUGUAUUGUAAAUAUGAUCGAAAAGUACCUAUUUUAUUAUUUUUAAGUUUUCACUUUUUUAUAUGUAUAAAAAAAUGAUUUUGUGCAGAUAUUGUUAUAGAUUUGUAGAUUAUUUCUUUAUAUGUUUGUUUUUGAUUAUAUUAAUUACUUCAUGCAAUAUGAGAAGUUGUAAGCAGAAUAAUCAUUGCCUACUGUAGUACUUUGAUGUAAAUAACAUACUUCAAAAAAUAUUUUCAUUGUUUCCAUUUGUUAUGGUCAAACUAACACCAUAGAUAUUAAUUUCCAAAAAUGGUUUUGGUCUAAACUGAAGGAUAAUAUUUUUUAUUUUCAUGAGAUUUUUAUGAGCAGAUUUUAGUUUUGAAAAAAGUUGUGUUCUUUGUUCCAAAGGAUGGUUUGACCAUUUCAAGUCCUCGAAUCUAUAUAAAAGCUAGAUAUUGAAAAACUAACCUUCAUUUGCCAGUCGACUUCAAAUGGCCUUAACUCACAUAAAAAUCCCCAAUCCGACCUAUCACAAUUUUCAACUCAUGAAUGUUUAAGAUAGAAACUGUAACUUUGCAGAACUGAUACUAUUCUUGAAAUAUAACGAGUUCUUUUUGUAUCGGAAAACUCGAAUGAAGAUAUCGCCUGGUUUGUACAUCGAUAAAAAACGUAUAAUCAUAUUCGCGUUUCCCCCUUUUGUAUAGGUUAUGUAUUUCAUUUAUGUACCUUUGAUUGUCUUUGACAUUUUAUUGCAAAUAAACGUAUUGAUGACUU